AUGUGUAUUGAGUACAUGCAGCUUAACAAGGUUACAUGCAAUAACAAGUACCCACUACCGCAUAUAAAUGAUUUGUUCCAUCAACUUCAAGGUGCUAAGGCAUUCUCAAAGAUUGACUUGAGAUCGGGGUAUCAUCAGUUAAAGAUUCGGGCUUCUGAUAUUCCGAAGACAGCUUUUAGGAUCCGCUAUGGUCACUGCAAGUUUUUGGUGAAGUCUUUUGAACUGACCAAUGCCCCAACAUCCUUUAUGCACUUGAUGAACAACGUGUUCCAGCCAUAUCUUGAUUCCUUCGUCAUCGCGUUCAUUUAUGACAUAUUGGUGUACUCUCACAGCUGGGAGGAUCAUGAGAAGCACUUGAGGAUCGUGCUCAAAACUUUGACGGAGAAGAAGCUAUAA